AUGGAAAAAUCAAUAAAUGCUAUUCCACAUGUUGUUAUUCGAGAAAUAUUUGAAACUGUUGAUUUAAAAACUUUGUUCAAAUGUCGAAGAGUUUGUCACUCAUGGAACAAUGAAAUUGAGAGUAUGAAAUAUAAACGAACACAGUAAGUUAAUUUCUGAUAAUUUGAACAGUUGAAAUCCGAAUAACUUGACAUCAUUAUGAAUCAACAUAAACCUUUCUCAAAAAAGUUAUGUCAGCAAAGUCUACGGUAUAUAAAAAAACCAUUUUAAUCAGAAAUUAAACUUUCAUAAGAAUAAUUCCCAAUAUUUUGUUUCAGAAAAUUGAAUAUUGAAAGGAUGUUGCUUGGAAUUGGAGAUAAUCAUAUUUCUAUCGAAGGAACAUCAAAAUCUUGUUAUUAUGCACAUUCAUUUCCCAAAUUUAUUGGAAUGAUUCGACAUUUUGAAUCCCCAAAUAUUCUACUUUUAUUUGUUAGAAAUCAUCAAAAUGGAAAUAUGAUUGAUUCAAUUAUAAAUGGAUUAAAUAUUGAAUGGUGUGAAAAUGUAAAAGAAUUAGAAAUUGGUGAUCUCGGGAAUAUUUCAACUGACAAAAUAAAUCAAGUAAUCUGGAAAUUCUCAAAUAUUUAUUAUUUAAAUAUCUCAUGGAAAAAUCAGGAAUCUGUUUCGUGCUCAAUGUUUCUUCGAAGUUUGCAGAAAUUACGAUUUUUGAGAAUAUAUCAAAAUUUGGAAAAUGACAAUUAUUCGAAUGGAUUAUUCCUAGAUAAUGAAUCUUUGGAUAUUUUAAUAACACAUCAGGUAAAUGAAUUUUUUGUGAUUAAAUAUAACUUAUUUUAGAUAAACAAUUCUCGACUUCUUCAACAUAUUGAAUUAUGGAACAUGAAAAUCACAUUUACCAAUGAUGAAUUUAUGAAUUUUCUAACAAAGUUAUCGACUAUUCCAGUUCAUCAAGAUGUACUUACAACAAUUCCGAAAUGUGUCAACGUAAGUGAUAGCCGAAAAAAAUCAAACUCAAAUUCAUAAAUUUCAGGCUCAAAUCGAUGAAAUCGUGUAUAUUAGUUUUCUUUCUUGCCAAUUCGAGAAUCCAAUUCUCACAAAUCUUCAACACUUUUGCUCGGAAAAUGUAUAUAGUUUCAGAAUUGCUCAAACAAGUUUCGAGAUUCUAAUUGAUUGA